CGCUUCCAUCUUCUCGUGAAGGGGCAAUGCGCGGCGAGCUCGAGCAGGCGAGGCGGUGAUGCACUCGCACGCACACGCGCAUCGCAAUGGUCCGAAUCACAACGUGGAAUGUCAACGGCAUUCGCAAUCCGUUUGGGUACCAGCCAUGGCGCGAGAACCGCACCUUUGCCGCCAUGUUCGACAUCCUCGAGACGGACAUUGUCGUCAUGCAGGAGCUCAAGAUCCAGCGCAAGGACCUGACUGACGACAUGGUGCUCGUCCCGGGCUGGGACUGCUACUUCAGCCUGCCCAAGCACAAGAAAGGAUACUCUGGCGUCGCUGUAUACACUCGCCAGUCCGUGUGCGCGCCCAUACGCGCCGAGGAAGGCAUCCUGGGCGUCCUCUGUCCACCCGCAUCAUCGACGCCCUACCGCGAGUUGCCCGAGGACGCAGGCAUAGGCGGCUACCCAACGCCCGCUCAAGUCUCGGACCUGGGAGUUGAUCCCGCAGCUCUAGACGCAGAAGGUCGAUGUCUCGUCGUCGAGUUCCCGGCCUUUGUCCUCUUCGGCGUGUACAGUCCAGCCAACAGCAACGGCCUGCGUGAUGACUUCCGCUACGGCUUCCUCACUGCCCUCGACACGCGUAUCCGCAAUCUCACGCGCAUGGGCAAGAAUGUCAUAUUGACGGGCGAUCUGAAUGUUUCUCGCGAUCUGAUCGAUACGGCCAAGGCGGAGGACAAUAUGCACGCUGCGGGCAUGACGCAUGAAGACUAUCUCCUUUCGCCGAACCGCCGCCUCUUCAACCAGCUCCUGCUCAAUGGCAAAAUACCCGGCAAGCGCGACGAGGGACGAGAGGAGCCUGUUUUGUACGAUUUGUGUCGCGAGUUUCAUCCCGACCGCGAAGGCAUGUUUACGCAUUGGGAGCAGAAGAUCAAUGCACGACCGGGCAACUUUGGCUCACGAAUCGAUUUUGUGCUGUGCAGCAUCGCAAUCAAAGACUGGUUCAAGGAGGCGAAUGUGCAGGAGGGAUUGAUGGGGUCGGAUCAUUGCCCGGUGUAUGCCGUCACCAAGGAUAAGGUCCCGGCGAAGUGUGAUCCGACGACGGAUAAAGUCGAUGUGGAAGAAGAGACGCAUGUGCUGGACCAGAUGAACCCGCCUGGCAUGUUCAAGGACGGCGUACGACAGAGGGAGUACAAUGCCACAACGGAUAUCCUGCCGUUAUCGGGCAAAUUGCUUCCAGAGUUCAACAAGAGAAGAAACAUCCGGGACAUGUUCUUCAAGAAAGCUGUCGCCUCCAGCCCAGCAUCAACGUCUUCGACAGCGGUCUCGAUGAAGUCAGAAGUAGAAGAGAAACAGUUCGGCGACCUGCUAAAAGCCACAAGCGGAGGGGACAAAGACUCUGCGACAAGCACUCCUGCAUCAUCAGCAGGUCAUACAAGCUCGCUCCAUUCCCCCGAGAAACGACCCGCGUCAACCUUCGCAUCGCCCGACAAAUCCGCCAAACGAAGCAAGAAGCCAGCCCCCACAGCUCCCACCUCCAAAGGCCAACAAUCCCUCAAAGGCUUCUUCCAAUCCCAAUCCCAACCACACCCCAAGCCCGCCUCUCCCAGCAAGACCCCAACCCCGACCCCAACCCCCGCACCAUCCCUCUCCAACACCACAACCCUCUCCUUCCCAGCAACCCCCGAAGACUACGACCCCGACCCCCUCGCCUCGCAGGAAGCAUCAAAGGAAGGCUGGACCAAGCUGUUCUCAAAGAAACCCCCGCCCCGCUGCGACGGCCACGCCGAGCCGUGCAUCAGCCAUACGACGAAGAAACCAGGCGCUAACUGCGGACGCAUGUUUUGGGUGUGUGGGAGGCCGAUUGGACCGUCGGGGCAUAAGGAGACGGGGACGCAGUGGCGGUGUGGGACGUUUGUUUGGGCGAGUGACUGGAAGUGAGGGGUUUGGAUGGGUUUGGGAGGGGAGGAGUGACUGGUGUCAUGGAUAGAUGGAUGGACUGCAUUCAUUGAGGUCACACCAUAGCAUGGAGAGAAGUCAAUAGAUAUACAGCAGCAAGACACGCAGCCCCAGCCUUACAAAGGAACACACGUACGCACAGAUACUCCAAAAU